GUCCUUGCAGGGUGUCUGAGCGAAACUUCCCCAAAUAAUAGCUGUUUGUAUUUGGGCUGCCGCAGGAGCCAUCUUAGAAGCCGGCUUCUUCCUCCGGUUGCUGAUAAUGAAAAUACAGAAGAAAGAAAAGCAGCUGCCGAGCCUCAAAGUGCUGAGUUGUUCCCCGAUGUCUGAUGUCUCCGUCCCCUGCGAGUCUAACCCCCAGUCCCCAUUUGCCAGCAGCACUGAUCAGGAAGAGAAAAUCACAGACUUGGCCAGUCACUGCCUCACGCAGAAGGACCUGUUUCCAGAGGAGGAGGACGAGGAGAAGGAGGAGGAGGAGGAGGAAGCUGAGGCCGACACCCUCUUCCCGAAGAAAAUGACCUCCCACAAUGGGACGGAGGACAGUUGGGGCGGGGGCACCGGGGUGAAGAAGAAACGGAAGAAAAAGGACUCCGGCGAGCAGGAAGGGGGAGAGAAGGGAGCCAAGGAUAGGGACCCGAAACCAAAGAGGAGAAGAGAACCUAAAGAACCCAAAAAGGCCAGAGAGCCUAAGAAGCCGAAGGAGCCCAAACAAAAAGAGGUAGUCAAGAGGUCCAGGAAACCCAGGGAGUCCAAAGUGUCCAAGGAUCCGAAAGACAAGAGGAGUAACACGGAGGCGGCCCCCAGGAUGAGAUCAAAGAAGACCAGCAAGGAGCAAGGACCAACCCCAGUGGAGAAGAAGAAGAAAGGAAAGAGGAAAAACGAGACUUCAGUGGAGAGUUUAGAGCUGGAUCAGGGUCUGCUGAACCCCUCCCUGCAGAACAUGGAGGAGUCUGCCGACAGCCAGAAGCGGCGCUCAGGACGGCAGGUGAAACGAAGAAAGUACAACGAAGACCUGGACUUCAAAGUGGUGGACGACGACGGGGAGACGAUCGCGGUCCUCGGGGCCGGCCGCACCUCGGCCCUCUCGGCUUCGACGCUGGCCUGGCAAGCUGAGGAGCCCCCGGAAGACGACGCUAAUAUAAUCGAGAAGAUCCUGGCAUCGAAGAUGGUCCAGAAGGAGGUUCACCCCGGUGGGCUCCCCUUCGACAUGGAACUGUUCUACGUGAAAUACAGGAAUUUUUCCUACUUGCAUUGCAAAUGGGCGACACUGGAAGAGUUGGAGAAAGACCCCCGCAUCUCCCAGAAGAUAAAACGCUUCAGGAACAAACAAGCCCAGAUGAAGCACAUUUUUACCGAGAGUCGGAGCCCGAAGCCUGAUGAAGAUUUGUUCAAUCCAGACUACGUGGAAGUGGAUCGGAUCUUGGAAGUGGCCCACACGAAGGACUCAGAUACGGGGGAGGAGGUGACGCAUUACCUCGUGAAGUGGUGCUCGCUGCCUUACGAAGAAAGCACCUGGGAGCUGGAAGAAGACGUGGACCCCGUGAAAGUGAAAGAAUUUGAGUCCCUACAAAUCCUCCCAGAGAUUAAGCACGUGGAGCGUCCCGCCUCCGAGUCGUGGCAGAAACUGGAGAAGUCUCGGGAGUACAAGAACAGCAACCGGCUCCGAGAGUACCAGCUGGAAGGGAUGAACUGGUUGCUCUUCAACUGGUACAACAGGAAAAACUGCAUUUUGGCCGACGAGAUGGGUUUGGGGAAGACGAUCCAGUCCAUCACGUUUCUCUCGGAAAUAUUCCUGAUGGGAAUUCACGGCCCCUUCCUCAUCAUCGCUCCCCUCUCCACCAUCACCAACUGGGAGCGCGAGUUCCGGACGUGGACGGAGAUGAACGCCAUCGUGUACCACGGCAGCCAGAUCAGCAGGCAAAUGAUCCAGCAGUAUGAGAUGGUCUACAGGGAUGCGCAGGGCAACCCUCUCUCGGGAGUUUUCAAAUUCCACGUCGUCAUUACCACAUUCGAGAUGAUCUUGGCCGACUGCCCGGAACUGAAGAAGAUCCAGUGGAGCUGUGUCAUCAUUGAUGAAGCUCACAGGCUGAAGAACCGGAACUGCAAGCUUCUGGAGGGGCUGAAGCUCAUGGCCUUGGAACAUAAAGUGCUGCUGACCGGAACACCCUUGCAGAACUCUGUGGAAGAGCUCUUCAGCCUGUUGAAUUUCUUAGAACCAUUGCAGUUCCCUUCCGAAACGGCUUUCCUGGAAGAAUUCGGGGACCUCAAGACAGAAGAACAGGUGAAGAAGCUGCAGUCCAUCCUGAAGCCCAUGAUGCUGCGGCGGCUCAAAGAUGACGUGGAAAAGAACUUGGCGCCGAAACAAGAGACGAUCAUUGAGGUGGAGCUGACCAAUAUCCAGAAGAAGUACUAUCGGGCCAUCCUGGAGAAGAACUUCUCCUUCUUGGCCAAAGGGGCCAACCAGCACAACAUGCCCAACCUAAUCAACACCAUGAUGGAGCUGAGGAAGUGUUGUAACCACCCCUACCUGAUCAACGGGGCAGAGGAGAAAAUUCUGGAAGAUUUCCGGAAAACGCACAGCCCCGACGCUUUGGACUUUCAGCUGCAGGCGAUGAUCCAAGCAGCGGGCAAAUUGGUCCUGAUCGAUAAAUUGCUCCCCAAGCUCAUCGCCGGUGGACACAAGGUGCUCAUUUUCUCCCAGAUGGUGCGUUGCCUUGACAUCCUGGAAGAUUAUCUCAUCCAAAGGCGGUACACCUAUGAACGAAUCGACGGCCGAGUGAGAGGAAACCUGCGCCAGGCGGCCAUCGAUCGCUUCUGCAAGCCCGACUCCGACCGUUUUGUCUUCCUCUUGUGCACCCGAGCGGGCGGCCUCGGCAUCAACCUCACCGCCGCCGACACCUGCAUCAUCUUCGAUUCGGACUGGAACCCCCAGAACGACUUACAGGCUCAAGCACGCUGUCACCGAAUAGGCCAGAGUAAGGCCGUGAAAGUUUACCGGCUGAUAACCAGAAACUCCUACGAGCGGGAGAUGUUCGACAAAGCCAGCUUGAAGCUGGGUCUGGAUAAAGCCGUGCUGCAGGACAUUAACCGGAAGGGCAGUACCAACGGGGUGCAGCAGCUCUCCAAGAUGGAGGUGGAGGAUUUGCUUCGGAAGGGAGCGUACGGAGCCUUGAUGGACGAGGAAGACGAAGGCUCCAAGUUCUGUGAGGAAGAUAUCGAUCAGAUCCUGCAGCGAAGGACACAGACCAUCACCAUCCAGUCGGAAGGAAAAGGCUCCACGUUCGCCAAGGCCAGCUUUGUGGCAUCUGGAAACAGAACAGAUAUUUCCUUAGAUGAUCCCAACUUCUGGCAGAAAUGGGCCAAGAUUGCCGAAUUGGACACGGACGCGAAGAACGAAAAGGAGAGCCUAGUGCUUGAUGGGCCCCGCGUGAGGAAGCAGACAAAACACUACAAUUCCUUCGAGGAGGACGAGCUGAUGGAGUUUUCGGAGCUGGACAGUGAUUCCGACGAGAAGCCCACCAGGUCACGGCGCUUGAAUGAGAAAACCAGACGCUACCUCCGCGCCGAAUGCUUCCGGGUGGAGAAGAACCUGCUCAUCUUCGGCUGGGGACGGUGGAAGGACAUUCUGACCCAUGGCCGAUUCAAGUGGCACCUUAACGAGAAGGACAUGGAGAUGAUCUGCCGGGCUCUCCUGGUCUACUGCGUCAAACACUACAAGGGGGAUGAGAAAAUCAAGAGCUUUAUAUGGGACCUGAUCACGCCCACGAAGGAUGGGCAGAACCAGGCUCUCCAGAACCACUCAGGAUUGUCGGCCCCGGUGCCCAGAGGCAGGAAGGGAAAGAAGACAAAGAACCAGAUGCUGCUCCCCGAGAUCAAGAACGCAGACUGGCUGACCAGCUGCAACCCUGAAGUUGUGCUGCAUGACGACAGCUACAAAAAGCACCUUAAACAACACUGCAACAAGGUCCUACUGCGAGUCCGGAUGCUGUAUUACCUGAAAGCUGAAGUACUCGGGGAAGUAGCAGAUAAAGCCUUUGAAGGAACCCCUGCCAGAGAGCUGGAUGUUCUCCUACCGGAUAUUGACUACGUGGAGAUCCCAGUGGACUGGUGGGAUGCAGAGGCCGAUAAAUCCCUGCUCAUUGGAGUUUUCAAACAUGGUUACGAGCGGUACAACGCCAUGCGAGCAGACCCAGCCCUUUGCUUCCUGGAGAAAGUCGGCAUGCCGGACGAGAAGUCCCUUUCGGCGGAACAGGGCGUCACCGAUGGAGCACAAGAUGUUGCCGAUAGAAGCAGUACAGAUAAAGAAGAGAGCGCUGAAGACAAGUUAGAUGGACUACAGAAGCACUCGGAAAGCUCCAGUUCCUGUGGCGAAUUUGAGAAGAAGGAUGACCUCACGGCAGCCCAGGAUGGCUCCGACCCAGACAAAUCGCCCUGGCCCGCUGCCUCCGCCCUCACGGCCCGACUGCGGCGUCUCGUUACUGUCUACCAACGCUGCACCCGCAAGGAGCCCACCAGACCCGAGGUCCUGGUGCCCGGCGGCCAGGGCUAUUGGUUGCAGGAGGAAAUGUUCCGCCGAGCCUCCGAAAUGGACCCCGUCAGCAAGGAGAUCCAGAAACGGUGGACGAGACGAGAGCAAGCCGACUUCUACAGAACCGUGUCCUCCUUUGGCGUGGUCUACGAUCAGGAGCAGAAGUCCUUUGACUGGACCCAGUUUCGCCUCAUUUCUCGCCUGGACAAGAAGACGGACGAGAGCCUGGAGAAGUAUUUUUACAGCUUCGUGGCGAUGUGCAGGAAUGUGUGUCGCCUCCCUACGUGGAAAGAUGACGGCCCCCCGGAUCCCGGGAUCUACGUGGAGCCGAUCACCGAGGAGCGCGCCGCCAGGACGCUGUACCGCAUCGAACUCCUGAGGAAGGUCCGAGAGCAAGUACUCAAGUGCCCUCAGUUGGCCGAGCGCCUUAAACUGUGCAGGCCCAGCCUCUACCUUCCCGUCUGGUGGGAGUGCGGGAAGCACGAUUGGGACCUGCUGGUGGGCACCGCCAAGCACGGGCUCAACCGCACCGACUAUUACAUCAUGAACGACCCUCAGCUGUCCUUCCUGGACGCCUAUAGGAACUACGCCCAGCACAAGAGGACCGGGGCUCAGGGCUCGGAAAGCCUCUGUUGCUUCUACCAGACCAACUCGAAGCUGUACGAAUCCCUCACCUACCACCCGACGGAGAGGACUCGGGAGCCCGGGGAGAACGAACCCGGGAACCCGGUGACGGCGGACGGCGCCGACGAGCGCCUCGGCCGCCCCGAAGACGGCCCGCCGGACGGGACUUGCGAGCACCUGAUCUCCAGAGUCCAGGAUAUCAUUUCCGUCCACCCGGGCGAAGGCUUAUCGCCCGGGGCCUACGGCGAGGCGGCGUUCGGCGGGGAGCCGGGCUCACUCGUUCGGGAGAGCCGGGGCAACCCGGAGACCGAGAGAGAGGCCGUUGCCGGAUUUGGGAGCAGAGCCCUCGAGGACGGUCCGGGCAUCUGGGUGGCGAGGGCCGCCAGAGACCCCUGUUUCCUUGGAGGCUUGGAAACGGGAGGCGAGCGGAGCAACAGUAAAGACGAAUGGCAGGUACCGCUCCCCUCUCCCGGGAAGGAAAAGACCCUCGACAUGAACACCCCGACACAGAGACCCGACCCCAAGAGGCCCCCCGAGGCCAAACGCGGCAGCAGGCGGACCCCUCCCCGGGACCACGGGAGCCUGAGUGGGUUAGUGGAGAUCUGCAGCCUCAGCGUCUGUAACUCGGAGAGGAAGCUCCCCUCGGAGCAGCAGUUCAUCGACCUGUUGGAAGACAAAAGCCUCGGAGGGCAGAGCCCCAGCGACGACGAAGAGGACGAGGACGAGGAGGAAGAGGAGGACGAGGAGGAAGAGGAAGAGGAGGAAACGGGGGCAGCCGCCCUGCGGGAAAGACUGAGGGGAAGGCCGGAGGUUGCGAAACCGCCCGACCCCAACGCCCCCGCUCCCGGGGGGCUGCACAGGGGUGCCGUCGGGGAGGAGGCGGCGGCCAAGAGAAGCGACCCCGAGCAAACGGACGGCGGCCCGGGGGAGCCGAGGUGCGUUGGUCGCGCAGCGUCCGAAUGUCACCGCCAGCCGAUAGACAGGGGGAAAGCCGAGGGGGGAAAUGAUGAAUCAGAGGGGGAGAGUCCCAGGGACUGGGACAGAGGCCGGCACAAAGGCAAAGCUCUUGACAAUAUCACUACACAGGGUGGUGCCGCAGCUGUCCCAUCAGAGCCCUUGAAUACAGACCACCGGCUUUUCCCAGAAGACCCCUGGGAGGCCAGCGCGGGAAGGAAGCCCCGUCGCACCGCGUCUCCUCCGGCGGGGAGCGAGCUGAAGCAGGAAGACCCGGAGUCGGAGACCAGGGAAGACGGGGAGGAGAAGGACGGGAGCUGUCUGAGUCAAGAUUUCCCAGGGAAAUAUCUGGAAGAAGAAAGUAAAAGCUCCGCUUCUGGGAUCGCAGGAGACAUCGGGGACGACUUUAACGAUGGCAGAGCACCCACGAUCGCUCAACUUCUCCAGGAGAAAACGCUCUAUUCCUUCUCCGAGUGGCCCAAGGACCGAGUGAUAAUUAACCGCCUAGAUAACAUCUGCCACGCGGUCUUGAAGGGCAAGUGGCCUUCGUCCUCCCAGCAGUACGACCCUCCGAGCACGUUGCCCGCCCCGGUGAUAAUGAGCGGCGGGGCCGUCCGGAACAGCCUCCCUGAGCCCAAACCACCCAACCCCGGCUUCAGCAACGGCACCUUAGUUGCCCAGAUCCAGAAGGAGAGCUUCCUGGCUCCCAUGUUCGCCAAGGAGGAACGGAAGCCCAGGCGGCCGUACGAGUUUGAGCUGGACAGGGACGCGAAGCCGCGGAGCCUGGAGCCGUUUCCCACCCCGCACGCCCACCAGCCCGUCGUGCUCAACGGCUGGCGAGGGGAGACGGCCCUGGACCUCUCCUGCACCCAGGACGGGUCCCCGGGGCCACCCCCGCCCUUCCCGGGAACCACCAGCACCCCCAAGAUCGGGGCCAUCGGCGCCCUCCCGGGCUCCCUGGGCAUGGACCUGUCUGGGAUCCUGCAGGCCGGGCUGAUCCACCCCGUCACCGGGCAGAUCGUCAACGGAAGCCUCCGGAGGGACGAUGCCGCCUCGCGGAGACGGCGCGGGAGGAGAAAAAACGUAGAAGGAGGGAUGGACCUCAUCUUCCUGAAGGAGCAAUCGCUGCAGGCCGGGAUUUUGGAGGUUCAAGAAGAUCAGACGCAACCUGCCCCAUGCUCCAUCCACUCGGACGGGCCAAUAACCGCUACCUCAAGCCCGCAGACGGGCCCCGCUGCCAGCGUCCAGGAGGAAAAGGCCGUCCCCAACAAGAGCCUCCUCGACUGGCUGAGGCAACAGUCCGACUACACAAUAGAAGUUCCUGGCUUCGGGGCGAAUUUUUCGGACAAGACGAAGCAGAGGAGGCAGCGCUGUAAGGAGCCUGGCAAAUUGGACAUCAGCUCACUGAGUGCAGAAGAGAGGGGGCCUGUGGGCCAUAAAGAGACAGGACGACGGGGGUUCCUGCCCGACAACAAGUUUAACCGCCUGCUGAGCGAGCCGGUCCCCCGGCGGAGAGGGAGGCGGCCGCGCAGCGACCUGCUGAAGCCCCCCGGGCUGGUGGCGGCGGACUCCUCCUCCGGCAUGGGGCCCCUGUUCAUGAACGGACUGAUCGCCGGCAUGGACCUAGUAGGACUUCAGAACAUGAGGAACAUGCAGGGCAUCCCCCUGGCGGGGCUGGUGGGCUUCCCCGCCGGCUUCGCGGCCGUCUCGGCCGGGGAGGACGUCAAAAGCACCCUGAGCAUGUUACCCAUGAUGCUGCCGGGCAUGGCCACGGUCCCCCAGAUGUUCGGGGUGGGAGGCCUCCUGAACACCCCCAUGACCUCGGCCUGCACUUCGACCGUCCCGACGGCCCUGACAAGCACAACCAAGAGCGGUACGUCCAACGCGGACAAGGCCCCAGAAGACAAAGCCAGGAGCAGCCACGACGGCCCGAAGGACCCGCCCUCCGAAGACAAGCCCGGCCCCAGCUCCUUUUCCGACCAGCCCGAACCCGCAAUAACUCCCGCCAGUACUCCUGUAGCUUUUAACCCGUUUCUCAUCCCAGGAAUGUCACCUGGACUGAUUUACCCAUCCAUGUUUCUCUCUCCCGGCAUCGGCAUGGCACUGCCCGGCCUGCAGCCCACCAGACACUCUGAGACUUCGAGUCUAGAAAGCCAGAAGAGGAAGAGGAAGAAAGCAAGGGGGGACCUCCCCAAUCCAGACCCAGAGACUGCCUCGGGGUUUGAGAGGGAGCCCAGACAUGGUCAGAACUGUACAGAACACACUCCACCUUUGCCCACAGAUAAAGAACGGGGUGUACAAGCGGAGGAGAGCAAUUUAAAAGAAACUAUGACUCCCACCAAUUAGAACUUUUGUUUCAUUAAGAGAAAUAUUGUGGCUUGUAAGUUUCUUAUCCCAUGAAGAUUUGUUACUUUCCCCCUCUUCCCCUCCCGCCCCACCCCGAUCCCCUCAGCCCCGCACUUCACCUACAGAAAAACCUGUGUUUCCAUGAGUAAUAUUACCCGAUUCCCUGUAAAAGAGCUAUUGUAACCUACGGUCAUAGUCGCAGGGUCUUGCCACUGUCAGAUACGUGUUGUUUAGCUAGUAGGGGAGGCACAGAAUUCUCAUUCUGUUUAUCCACUUGUUCAUUCCAGCAAACAAUAGUAAAUCCAGCACUUGGUGACACAUCCCAACCCCUCAAACUCGCUCGCUUUUUCGGGGGGCGGUGGGGAGGGGAGAGAAAAAGGUCAAGAGGAAGUGGGUACCUCUUGAGGGGGGUCUCGCCUAAAGACGCAGAAGAACAGAGACGAGGGGAGUCUCCUCUGAACGUGAGUUACGCCGAAUGGAAAAAAGGGUCUGGGAAAUACAAAGCACAGCUAUAUAGUACGUGCUGUUGUGUAUUUUUGAUUUAAAAUAUUGCCCUAUUUUAUCAUGGUUACUAGAUUAGUAGUAUAGACAGAAGUAUAUAACUAAUGAUUGAAAAUGCAUAUAUUCAUUUCUUCUUUAAAAAGCAAAACCCUAACUGGUAGUGAGCUCAUUUUCUCCCUCACGGUUGUUCCAGGCACCUGCAGUACCUGAAAAUAUCAUCUAGGCAUUUUAAAGUAUUUUCAUAAACAGACGGCUUGGGUUUUGGUGACUUGGCCCCCUUUUCUUCCCCAGUUACAGAAACUCACCCCAACUUAUAUGAGGAGAAAGUUGACCACCGAGCGGGCUGUUGUUGGGGCCGGGGUGGGGGAAGCAGUCCGCGCUGUUUUCAGCUUCCGAUUUUCUCCGCGAUGACACUAGCAGCCCGUCCUCGUCUACUGAAGCGGUGGGCUUUUUCCAUCCGUUCACUUGCCCCUCCGAGUUAAGCGGUCACCGAGGCUCAGUGGAUUUUUAACACCGGACCGUCCUCCUCUUUCUCCUCCUCGUCCUCCUCUCAGAACGCCUUUGGCCGAAGUCUGAAAGGCCUCUCUUUCCACACCGAAGGUCACGGAGCUCUGUUAAAAUGGGGUGCCCCUUGGGUUUUUGUCUUCCUCGCCCCUUCUUUCCGUCCCGUUCCGAUCGGGGUCUGGGCCCAAACUUCACUCCCCGGUGGCGAGCUGUUUGAGGAAAUGUUACAAAUUAAUAUUAUUUUUGAUUCUCCCGUAGAUUAUCAGGCUCAGAAGCUCUGGCCAGGACCGGCGUCUCCAUCCCUCCCUCCAUCAGUUUCUCCCGUCCCCCCGACCCACCCCAGCCCGGUCUUUACUUACAGCUCUCUAUCUGAGACACGGAAUAAACGGAAUAAACGCUUCCCACUGUGGUGCCGUAAUGACAGGAAGCCGCAGCACAGGAGAGUUGAAAGCGAUGGAAGAGUUUGGGUAGAGUCCCGUCAGUUUCCCAUUUUGUCAUCCCAAAAUGGAUGUAUUUUUUACUUACUUUGUUACAGUUUUCGUUUCUGUUACAGUUUUGCCUAAUUUAUCCGAUGGUCCAAAAGUUCGCCAUGGCUCCUUCAGUUUGCAUUAUUUAUUUGAUGCUUUUGUCACUGUCGUUUGUACCUGGGGGAUUCCGGAUUAUGUACGUGUGGAAAAUUAGCAUCUCAAAGAAGUCUGUUAAACCAUUACCAAAAAAUCCACCGAAUGUGUUUUCAGAAACUAGAAUCCCCUUUUAACAAAUCGGAGUAAUAAAAACAGAAGUCAUGCAACUGACCCUAGGCUAAAGAAAUCUAAUAAUGGAACCCGUUCCCCCGUUCCAUCUGACACCACCCCGGAAGCCCAGAUGCAAUAUAAAUGCGCUCAACAGAUUUCUUAGACGUGCUGCGCUCGCUAUUUAACUAACAUUUUGUUCAGUUUUGCCUCCAGUGGAAGCAGAAAGGGGUUUUUUCAACUGUUAAAUCCAAAUCAAUAUAAUUUAUUUAUGUAAAGAAAAAAAAUCACUCAAUUGAUAUAUUUUUGAACCUUUCAAGCACUAAUUUUCUUUUUAUCUAGUAGAAAAAGAAAAUCAUGUAUUUGCCCUAAAAUCCUUAAUACAAAUGCUA